CGCGUGUAACUCUUUUCGUCGAGAUGCAAUGCUGUGAGAAAAGACUCCACCGGGUAUAAAAGGGGGUGUGUCUCGUACGGUCUGCACCAGUUUCAGUAGUGAUCUCUGUAUCGCCGCAGUAUCGUCGUCAUCAUGAAUGCUCUACUCCUGCUGACCGUUCUCUGUGUGGCAUUGCCUAUUUAUGCCGAAGACACGCAGGUAACCAAAAAGCAAGACAAACGAGGUGCCCUUGGUCUAGGAUAUGGAGCACUUGGACAUGGAGGAAUAGGCUUUCACGGCAAUCUAGGUGGAGCGGGUUAUGGAGGACACGGUUACCUCGGUACUGCUGCGACCUAUUCUCUGGGUCAUGGUGCCGCUGCCGCGCCUGCUUAUUCCCACAGUUAUAGCGCCCCGGUGGCCUCUCAUGGCUAUAACGCACCUUUAUACACGUCCUAUCGUCUUGGUGCCUUUGGACACGGUGCGGGCUAUGGUGCAGGGCUCGGAUACGGUGCGGGACAUGGCGCGGGAGCCGCGUACGGUGUGGGACACGGUGCGGGAGUUGCGUACGGCGUGGGACAUGGUGCGGGAGUCGCGUACGGCGCGGGAUACGGUGCGGGACACGGUGCGCGACUCGCAGCUGGUUUCGGCGGUGGUUACGGCCACGGCUGGUGAAAUGAAAACGCGAAUGGUAAAUUGACGUUGUGAAACGUCAAUGCGAUUCUCCUCGGUUUUCCUCGUCGACUCUGCCCCCUUUGUCAAAAUAUUCGUCUUCUUUUCUAAGCUUUGUAUUUCUUGCGAUUUCUAAAUAAAUCUUGUAUUUUUUAAUAAGCAGUGUGGUUCUUUCCUUAGGCAAAUAGGCAAAAUUCGAUAGACUGUAACUUUCGCAAAAAUAAUGAUGAUGGGACGAUUUGUGAAGUAUUUUGUAGCUUGUAGUCUUUAAUUUUUAGAUAUAUCAUCCGACACAAAAUUUAAUUAUUUUUUACAGUACUUUUUUAUAUGAUAAAACUAUACGAAUAUAUAUUGAGAUCUGACACAAAUGUUAAAAUUUUUUAUCAAGUUUGUCGAAUUAUACUACCGUUUAUAUUAGCGUUUAUAUUAUUGAUCAUACGACGUUUAUCAUUCCAAAGUAUGAACUUUCCUGUUUAGUUUGCCCGUAUACAAAUUGAAGUACGAUUUUUUUUCGCAAGAUUAUUCAAUGAUUAUCAAAGCAAAUAACGUUUUUAGUUUUAACCGCUCAUAAAAGAAAAAUUGUUUGCAAACGAAUUGAUGUACGACUUGUAUUAACAAAUGAAUAGAAAACAAAGCUCCUUCUAUGAAAUGCAUAUUUUACAUUUUUUAUAAAAAAUAAAUUUUCAAUAUAAAAUUUUGAUUAAA